UAAAUCCUUGCCAUUCAAAAAAAAAAAAAGUUCAAAUGGGAGGGUAUUUUGGUAAUCUGAAUUUGACACAAGCAAAUACCAGCGCUAAAUCAAGUUCGUUGUUCGAGUUCUCAAGUACAAUGGCAUCAAUCUCUCGAACAUUAACCCCCACCAAAACCCACAAACUUCAACCUCUUCAAUACAACAAUCAAAAAUCCCAACAAACCCUAAACCCUUCAAAUCCAAUCUCAAACUCCCACCAAACAAAAAUCUUGGAAUCAAAACUAGUCUCCUUACUCGACACCUCCGACAACCUCAACCAAUCCAAACAAAUUCACGCUCACAUCAUCCGUAAGGGCCUUGAUCAAUGCUGCUACGUAAUUACAAAACUUAUUCGCGUUUUAACUGCUAAAUUCAAUGUCCCUGUUGACCCGUACCCGAUUCGGUUGUUUCAACAUGUGAAACGACCCAACCCGUUUCUGUUUACGGCUUUGAUACGUGGGUAUGUGAUGCAAGGGUCGUUAAUGGAGUCUGUGGGAAUGUAUAGUUUGAUGAGACGACACGGGAUUGGUCCGGUUUCGUUUACGUUUACCGGGUUGUUGAAAGGGUGUGUUGGUGUUGGUGGGGGCGGGUUGGGUGUGCAGAUUCAUGGGCAGGUUGUGAAGUUUGGUGGGUUUGAGUCUGAUUUGUAUGUGGGUAAUACUUUGAUUGAUAUGUAUGUGAGAUGUGAGUUGUUGGGUAGUGCGCGUAAGGUGUUUGAUGAAAUGCCUGAAAGAGAUGCGAUUUCGUGGACGUCGUUGAUUGUUGCGUAUGCGAGGCAGGGGAGUAUGGAAGAAGCGGGUGAGUUGUUUGAUGGAAUGCCUGUGAAAGAUAUGGUGGCGUGGACGACGAUGGUGAUGGGGUUUUCGCAAAAUGGUAAGCCGAGGGAGGCUUUGGAGUGUUUCGAUAGAAUGCUUGAGGCGCGGGUUGAAACGGAUGAGGUCACAUUAGCUAGUGUUAUUUCCGCUUGUGCUCAGUUGGGUGCUACUAAGUAUGCAAAAUGGGUUCAAGAUGUUGCUGACAGGGCGGGGUUAGGAGCUACGGACAAUAUCGUCAUUGGGUCUGCGUUAAUUAACAUGUACGCAAAAUGUGGUUGCAUUGAAGAAGCACGUAACGUGUUUGAUAAAAUGAAGAACAAGAAUGUUUACUCCUACAGUUCGUUGAUUCUUGGACUCGCAAUGCACGGUUGUGCACAAGAAGCAAUCAGCUUGUUUGAAAAGAUGUUGAAAACGGAUAUAAAACCGAAUAAAGUUACAUUCUUGGGAGUUCUUAGUGCUUGUUGCCAUGCUGGUUUGGUACAACAAGGUCAAAACUUUUUCGUAGCGAUGGAGAAAGAACAUGGUGUAGCCCGGACCGUUGACCACUAUACAUGCAUAGUUGACCUUCUUGGAAGGGCUGGACUCAUUAAAGAUGCCUAUGAUAUCAUCAAAACCAUGCCAAUGGCACCACAUGCUGGUGUUUGGGGAGCGUUGCUUGGUGCUUGUCGAAUACAUGGAAACCCCGAUAUUGCUAAAAUCGCUGCUAGUCAUUUGUUUGAACUCGAACCAAACGCUAUAGGAAACUACAUACUACUCUCAAACACAUAUGCAUCUGCUCGAAAAUGGAACGAGGUUUCAAGAAUUCGAGCAUUAUUUAGAUCAAAGGGUCUUAAAAAGAACCCUGCAAGUAGUUGGGUAGAAGGGGAAAAAGGGGUGAUUCACGAGUUUUUUGCUGGCGAUAUGAAUCAUCCGAGGACUUCUGAGAUCAAGCGAGAGUUGGAGGAUCUUGUUUAUAAGUUGAUGUUAGACGGGUACACCCCUGUAUUGAGUUGUGUGCCGUAUGAUGUGAGUGAUGAUGAGAAAAAGAGGAUAUUAUUGGGGCAUAGCGAAAAGCUAGCGUUGGCGUAUGGUUUGUUGGUUGAUUGUGGGAUUAUCAGGAUCAUGAAGAAUGUAAGAAUAUGUGAAGAUUGUCAUGUGGUUAUGUGUGGAGCGUCGAAGAUUAGUGGUAGGGAGAUUAUUGUUAGGGAUAAUACGCGAUUUCAUCAUUUUUGUAACGGUGUAUGUUCUUGUAAUAACUUUUGGUGAUAGGUUCAGGAGGAUAACAAGUUCAAAUUGA